AUGGGAGAAGCCAACAUCUUCACCAUUCCAACCAAGAGGAUCAACACUCACUACCUCAUCUAUCAAAACCGUUACACCCUGUCUGCCUUGCACUGCCCUGCACUGCCCUGCACUACCCUGUCUGCCCUGCACUAUCCUGUCUGUCCUGCACUGCCCUGUCUGCCCUGCACUACCCUGUCUGCCUUGCACUGCCCUGCACUGCCCUGCACUGCCCUGCACUACCCUGUCUGUCCUGCACUGCCCUGUCUGUCCUGCACUGCCCCGUCUGCCCUGCACUACACUACCCCGUCUGCCCUGCACUACACUACCCCGUCUGCCCUGCCCUGCACUGCCCCGUCUGCCCUGCACUACACUACCCCGUCUGCCCUGCACUACACUACCCCGUCUGCCCUGCACUACACUACCCUGCACUGCCCUGCACUACCCUGUCUGUCCUGCACUGCCCUGUCUGCCCUGCACUACCCUGUCUGCCUUGCACUGCCCUGCACUGCCCUGCACUGCCCUGCACUGCCCUGUCUGUCCUGCACUGCCCCGUCUGCCCUGCACUACACUACCCCGUCUGCCCUGCACUACACUACCCCGUCUGCCCUGCACUGCCCCGUCUGCCCUGCACUACACUACCCCGUCUGCCCUGCACUACACUACCCCGUCUGCCCUGUACUACACUACCCCGUCUGCCCUGCACUACACUGCCCCGUCUGCCCUGCACUACACUACCCCGUCUGCCCUGCACUACACUACCCCGUCUGCCCUUCACUGCCCCGUCUGCCCUUCACUGCCCCGUCUGCCCUGCACUACACUACCCCGUCUGCCCUGCACUACCCCGUCUGCCCUGCACUACACUACCCCGUCUGCCCUUCACUGCCCCGUCUGCCCUUCACUGCCCCGUCUGCCCUGCAUUACACUACCCCGUCUGCCCUGCACUACCCCGUCUGCCCUGCACUACACUACCCCGUCUGCCCUGCACUACACUACCCCGUCUGCCCUGCACUACACUACCCCGUCUGCCCUGCACUACACUACCCCGUCUGCCCUGCACUACACUACCCCGUCUGCCCUGCACUACACUACCCCGUCUGCCCUGCACUACACUACCCCGUCUGCCCUGCACUACACUGCCCCGUCUGCCCUGCACUACACUACCCCGUCUGCCCUGCACUACACUACCCCGUCUGCCCUGCACUGCCCCGUCUGCCCUUCACUGCCCCGUCUGCCCUUCACUGCCCCGUCUGCCCUUCACUGCCCCGUCUGCCCUUCACUACCCCGUCUGCCCUGCACUGCCCCGUCUGCCCUGCACUGCCCCGUCUGCCCUUCACUGCCCCGUCUGCCCUUCACUGCCCCGUCUGCCCUUCACUGCCCCGUCUGCCCUUCACUGCCCCGUCUGCCCUGCACUGCCCCGUCUGCCCUUCACUGCCCCGUCUGCCCUUCACUGCCCCGUCUGCCCUUCACUGCCCCGUCUGCCCUUCACUGCCCCGUCUGCCCUGCACUGCCCCGUCUGCCCUUCACUGCCCCGUCUGCCCUUCACUGCCCCGUCUGCCCUGCACUACACUACCCCGUCUGCCCUGCACUACACUACCCCGUCUGCCCUGCACUACACUACCCCGUCUGCCCUGCACUACACUUCCCCGUCUGCCCUGCACUACACUACCCCGUCUGCCCUGCACUACACUACCCCGUCUGCCCUGCACUACACUACCCCGUCUGCCCUGCACUACACUUCCCCGUCUGCCCUGCACUACACUUCCCCGUCUGCCCUGCACUACACUACCCCGUCUGCCCUGCACUGCACUGCCCCGUCUGCCCUGCCCUGCACUGCCCCGUCUGCCCUGCACUGCCCCGUCUGCCCUGCACUGCCCCGUCUGCCCUGCACUGCCCCGUCUGCCCUGCACUGCCCCGCCCCGUCUGCCCUGCCCUGCUCUGCCCUGCACUGCCCCGUCUGCCCUGCACUGCCCCGCCCCGUCUGCCCUGCCCUGCACUGCCCCGUCUGCCCUGCACUACACUGCCCCGUCUGCCCUGCACUACACUGCCCCGUCUGCCCUUCACUGCCCCGUCUGCCCUGCACUGCCCCGUCUGCCCUGCACUGCACUGCCCCGUCUGCCCUGCACUGCCCCGUCUGCCCCGUCUGCCCUGCACUGCCCCGUCUGCCCUUCACUGCCCCGUCUGCCCUUCACUGCCCCGUCUGCCCUUCACUGCCCCGUCUGCCCUGCACUGCCCCGUCUGCCCUUCACUGCCCCGUCUGCCCUGCACUGCCCCGUCUGCCCUGCACUGCCCCGUCUGCCCCGUCUGCCCUGCACUGCACUGCCCCGUCUGCCCUGCACUGCCCCGUCUGCCCUGCACUGCCCCGUCUGCCCUGCACUGCCCCGUCUGCCCUGCACUGCCCCGCACUCCCAUGCUCUGCCCCUCACUGCCCCGCAUUCCCCUGUCUGCACUGCCCUGUCUUGCCCAUGGAUUGUUUAA